UUAAAAAAAAAAGAGUUACAAAAAUAAUAAUAAAAAUAAGUAAUAACACAAAGCUCUCUCUGUUUCAAUGGUUGAUUUAUGAAAAUCUCUCAUUUAACAGAAAAGGAAUUCCUUUGAUGGGUCUUUGUUAUACUGAGAGAGAUGAGAUGCGAUUUUUUUGAUUGAUUGUCGGGACUUAAUCUGCACCUUGGAUUUGAUCGUGCUGAGGAGAGAGGGAUAGAGAGAGAGAGAGAAAGAGAGAGGGGAUAGAAUGAACGGUGGCGAUGAGGUCGCUGCAGCUCCGGCUGGCCCACCACAGCCUUUGGAGUGGAAAUUUUCACAGGUCUUCGGCGAGCGCACCGCCGGCGAAGAAGUACAAGAAGUUGAUAUUAUUUCAGCUAUUGAAUUUGAUAAAAGUGGUGAUCAUCUUGCCACUGGUGACCGUGGUGGUCGGGUAGUUCUAUUUGAGAGGACAGACACAAAAGAUCAUGGUGGAUCCAGAAGGGACCUGGAGAGAAUGGAUUAUCCUAUUAGUAGGCAUCCUGAGUUUCGCUAUAAAACAGAGUUUCAGAGUCAUGAACCUGAGUUUGACUAUCUCAAGAGCUUGGAAAUAGAGGAGAAAAUAAACAAAAUAAGAUGGUGCCAAACUGCCAACGGUGCUCUUUUUCUCCUAUCUACUAAUGAUAAAACCAUUAAGUUUUGGAAGGUCCAAGAAAAGAAGGUUAAGAAAAUUUCUGACAUGAAUGUGGACCCUUCAAAAGCUGUAGGUAAUGGUAGUGUUGCUAGUUCAAGUAACUCAAAUAGUGCUAAACCUUAUCUUGCAAAUGGAGGUUGGCCAGAGAAGUCAUAUGGUUACCCAAGCAAUGAUCUCACUUUCCCACCUGGAGGCAUUUCAUCACUACGCUUACCUGUGGUAGUAACUAGCAAUGAAACCAGCCUGGUGGCCAGAUGUCGGAGGGUAUAUGCUCAUGCACAUGAUUAUCACAUCAAUUCAAUUUCAAAUAACAGUGAUGGUGAAACAUUUAUAUCAGCUGAUGACCUCCGAAUCAAUCUUUGGAACUUGGAAAUUAGCAAUCAAAGUUUCAACAUUGUUGAUGUGAAACCUGCAAAUAUGGAGGAUCUAACCGAGGUUAUAACAUCUGCUGAAUUCCACCCCAACCAUUGCAACAUGUUAGCAUAUAGCAGUUCAAGAGGCUCAAUCCGACUCAUUGAUUUGCGGCAAUCAGCUUUAUGUGACUCUCAUGCCAAAUUGUUUGAGGAACAGGAGGCACCAGGCUCAAGAUCAUUUUUUACGGAGAUAAUUGCUUCAAUCUCGGAUAUUAAAUUUUCUAAGGAUGGACGACACAUACUUAGUCGUGACUACAUGACUCUCAAGUUAUGGGACAUCAACAUGGAUUCAGGUCCAGUUGCAACCUUCCAGGUUCAUGAGCAUUUAAGACCUAAGUUGUGUGAUUUGUAUGAAAACGAUUCGAUCUUUGAUAAGUUUGAAUGUUGUUUGAGCGGUGAUGGACAACGAGUGGCGACAGGAUCUUACAGCAAUCUUUUCCGUGUGUUUGGUUGUUCCCCGGGAAGUGCUGAGGCAACAACUUUGGAGGCCAGCAAAAAUCCAAUGAGGAGACAAGUUCAGACACCUUCAAGGCCUUCCAGAUCCCUAAGCAGCAUAACACGUGUUGUAAGACGGGGAGCAGAAAGCCCGGGAAUUGAUGCAAAUGGAAAUUCUUUUGAUUUCACCACAAAGUUGCUGCAUCUAGCAUGGCACCCAACAGAAAAUUCAAUUGCCUGUGCUGCUGCAAACAGUUUGUACAUGUAUUAUGCAUAAAAGACGGUCCAACGAGAAAUGUAUUUGCUUGGUUAACUCUUUUGGGUUGCUGUUGGAGAAGAUUUCUUUUCCAUUCCCACCAACCAGUUAGGUGGAGGCUACAUCGAUUCCUCACUUAUGGAAUGCCCCCUUCAAUCUGUAACGCAUGCUAAAUCUAUCAAGGACCACAUGUGGCUGUCGCAGAAUCCGCAAGGAAGCAACUUGUUUUUAUUCCUGGGUGGGCAGCUAGAUUCUCCUUUUUCUUCCCUCCUCUUCCCAACCCGUAAAAAAAAAAAUCCUUUUUCCCUUGUUAUCUUAUCUUCUAAAAAUGGAAGAUUGCGGUUUAUGUUCUAUAAUGUGUUGGGUUGAAGUGAGAAGAAAAUGUGAUUGUAGCUCUUCAACAAAAACUAAAAGGAUGUUCAAUAUUUGCCACUAGGUCUUUAAGGUAAAAUGUAGUUUUUACUCAAAUCUUGGUGGGAAGGAGCUGUUGAAACUUGCAGUGCAUUUUUUUAUUGAUUCUUUGUCAUGUUUGAAACUUUAUCCUUCUAGUCCUAAGAUAAUUUGUAGAUUUUUCUUCU